CGUAUGCUUGUAGUUUACCUGAUCGCUCCGCCCCGCCGCGCCAUUUUCUCAUCGGAGACAUAUCAAUCCAAAAUAUUGUGCAUUUAAACGUUGAACUUGCUUUUAUAUUUAAUUCCACGAACUUAUUAAGUAGGUAAAUGACCUGGAAAUGAGUGACGUCGACGAGGGAGAUAACGAAAGACGGGGUUCUCAAGCCUCAUCUAAAUCGGAACAUGGAAGUUCAACUCGGGCCAAGUCAGGGAACAGGUCAGGCUCCUCGAGUCCAUCCCCAGAAUCUAAGCAUUCUGAAUCCAGAUCGUGCUCUCCAUCAAAAUCGGGUUCUCGUUCUAGGCACGUUUCUGAUCGACUUGCCGGUCGUUCACGAUCUCCGUCUCAUCCCUGCCGACAGAGGUCUCGUUCUCAUUCCGACAGCCCCGACUUCCGCCGCAGGAAGAACCGUAGCACUUCCCCAAUGUCAAACCGCAGCCCUGAGGCUGGGCUCAGGCAGAGCCAUGAAACAAAAGAAGCAAACAGUCACGGCAGUAUCACUGAUAGGGCAAACCCCGAUCCAAGCAAAUGUUUGGGGAUAUUUGGCCUCAGCUUGGAAACCAGAGCGCGGGACCUGAGGGACGUGUUUUCACAAUACGGGCCUCUUGCCGGGGUCAAGGUGGUGUUUCACCAUCGCUCGGGUCGCUCGCGUGGCUACGCCUUUGUUUAUUUUGAGAGACUUGAAGAUUCAAAGGAGGCAAUGGCGAAAACCAAUGGUAUGGAGAUAGAUGGGAAGGUAAUUAGAGUAGAUUACUCCAUUACCAAGCGUGCCCACUCCCCCACACCUGGAAUCUACAUGGGUAAAUCAACUAUAGAUGGUGAUGAUGAUGAUGAUGAUGACGGCGGAGGUAGCCAAAGGGGAAGAGGCUCAUAUUAUAACCGUGGCUAUGACCGAGGCUAUGAGCGAAGCUACGACAAAGGCUACGACCGUUCUCAUGACAGAGACUAUGAUAGAAACUAUGAUAGGAACUAUGACAAAAACUAUUACCGAAGCUACGACCGAAGCUACGACCGAAGCAAUGACCGAGGCUACGACCGAGGCUACGACCGAGGCUACGACCGAAGCGACGACCGAGGUUACGACCGAGGCUACGAACGAGGCUACGAACGAGGGUACGACCGAAGCUACAAUCGAAGCUACAAUCGAUGCGACAGCUACGAUGAGUACGACUACAGGAUUAGUCGCAGGCGCUCCCCAUCACCCGACUACAUUAGAUACAGAAAUUCCUCUUGGUCUCGCUCCUACAACCAAAGGCGCUACUGAAGUGCGACAGCCGAUUUCAACUAGCUUGUCUAAAUUGACAGCCUGCGUUGAGUUAAAAUCAGGUGUGUUUACAUGCAGGGGAGAUGUUUUUAUUUGUCAACGGCAGACACUUGGAUGAACUUUUCAAUAGUUGCCAUCCAUAUAGUGUUUUUGUGUUGUUGCUAUUCUGACCUCAAAUCUUCAGUGUUACUCACUGAUGAUUGAGUCUCCUGGUAAGUACAACGUAAAGCUCUGUGUGAAGUGUGAAGCUCUCCUUACACUAUUGUGAAAAAGUCAUUUAGGUCAUCAUCUGAGUUGAAUGAUUUUUGUGCGUAAAUGGAAAUACAUACAUGUAACUCUGCAAAGAUUCUCAUUCUUCUGGCUCCAAUAUGCAUUAGAAUUGAAGUUGGGCUUCACUUCUAAGAUGUGUGGGUGAGGUGGGAGAAAAAGCAAGGAGAGUUUCGCACAACAAGCCAGACGCCGGGAUGUUGUUCCAUGUUCACACACAUUUAGGUUAAUGUUGAGGUCACGCUUGAAGUACACAAUAAUUCCUCUAAAAGUUUAGCACCGCUUCAAGUUACACCAAUAAAACAAAGUGGGGAAAAAACCUUAAUACCUUAUUGGUUACAUCUCAUUUCAUCAAGUCAAAUAGAGAUGAAUGAAUGUUGCAAAUAAUUAUAAAAGUGCAUCAAGCACACACACACACAGGUGAUGAUACGUCAGGCAUCUUCUGAAUGUGGACAAUCUUCAAAGUCUGGUGACAAACACUUUACUGUAAGUAACCUCGAGCUAACGGGCCGCUUUCAACCCACAAAUGCGAACUCGAAUAAAGGAGCGGCUUAUUCAAAUGGGCUUGUAAUAACUGCUGACAUGUCACGGGGCCCCCUCGCAGUUAUGCAUCGGUUCACUUUGAUAGCAUGAAAAGUUGGAAAGCUCAAGGGUCAAAGUAAGACGUCUCCGCCACAGAGACGCAAGCGUCAAUGUCAUGUUUAUGCUCCUGUUCUCACUUGUACUUAAACGAUUACCUUUUGAGUGACAUGAGCAGGAAUUCCUUGACGAGUGGCCAUAUCUGAGCCGCCCGGUGUAUUUCACGCGCCAAAACGAAUGCAGAUAAUUAGCAGGAUUUUAUGAGUUGCAGUUGUGACAUUGAUAGAGCACUGACACAGGGUCCUUCUCUGGGGUCAUCUGCUGAUAGGUUGAUCAACUGUAGGAUAACGGGUUACAUAUUUAAGAAGUGCACUUUAGAGCCAUGUACUGAACAUAAUGACAGAAUGGGCCCAAUGGUCACCUGCCUUGAUGUAACCUGGUUACAAAGGAAAAAUAACCGAUAGGUGUGAAUUGGUAUUGCCCGGGAACUAGUCUUUCCUCUAUUUUACGUGAAGUUUUGCGAUACUUUGGUUUAUUCAAACACAAAGCGCGCAAAAUGCUGACCCAGUGUAACCUGUGGUGCAAUUCUAAAGAAGAGUAUAGAAUGGAUCCUGUUCUUGACCUUUUAGAUACAAUUUGACUGCACUGUUUUUGUGCCCUUGUGUUGACUGUGAAUGACUUAUUCAGUCAAUUGGUUGCAUCUGCCAUUAUGUUCAGGUACAAAUCUCUUUUUAAGACCUUCACCGUAUGAAAAUGGUUUUUUUUUGUUUUCUUUUCUGAGAAUCAUGUACAGAGGUUUUUUUUCUCUGUAUUCUUAUUGAAAAAAAGUGAGUGUUUUUGUACUAAUUAAUUUAGAACUUUUGAAUAAAAAAACUGUUAAGAAUACAGGUGGGCUUUCAAAAUCAUCUUUAUGUAACUUUGCAGUUGUAUGACAUUGCAAAUAUUACUACAUUAAACAACCAGUUUCAAUAUA